AUGGCUUCAAACACAGUAGAUAACCUUGACUGUAAAAAUGAUGUCUGGAAAUCAUUCAAGACGACGUCUGUAGAUCAAAAGGCAGACCCUGAAGUCGAACUCAAAUCUCUCGCUCGUAGAGAUACCUUUGAACGAAUGGACUCUGAAUUGAAGAUUUUACUUGAAACAGCACCAGAAGACAAGAAGGAGGAGAGCGAGUUACAGCUCCAGCGUCACGGAUCAUGCAAGGAUCUUGUUGAUCUGGAGCUCCCUCACUUAGUUCGCUUGGAGGAGGAUCCACUCAGAACAGAGAUAAUGCUGUAUCGUGUUAUGCAUGGAAAAACACACAUUGGACGAGAAGAUGCGCCAAACCCGCAAGAUAUCGUUCUUGAAGGCGAAGACAUCGACAAAGAACACUGUGUGUUGGAUUUUGUCAAAGGGCGAGUCACGUUUGAGCCGAUUUCUUCAUUGUGUUGGGUAAACGGGGUGGCUGUGUCUCAGCCGACAAAACUAAAUCAGGGUGAUGUUAUUGUUCUUGGCAAGAGCGAUGUGUUCAAAUUCAAUUUUCCAACCGAAGCGGCAAAAGAAUCGACCAAGUCUUUGGGUAAUUUGCAUAUCUCACCUGUCCGUGGUAGUCAUGGAGACCUGAGUGUGAGAUCCGAUUCCUCUUCACCGAUGACUUUGGACUCUGGUGUUGAAAUUGAUCUUCCAGGGCCAGAUUCUUCAGAGGAAAUAAAAAAUCAAGUGACAGAUUUAAUCGCCAGACACAAAGAAGCAGAAGUCAGGCGGCUGGAGAUAGAAAAAACCUUCCAGACUGAAAUCGAUAACAAGCAGAAAGAGAUUGACAACCAAAAAGAGCAUAUUCAGACAUUGCACGAGAUUCACGAUGGAAAAUCACAUAAAGCGCGCGAGGAUCUGGAAGAAGUUCGACUUAACAUGGACAAGAAGCACGAGGAUUCGAGAAAAGAGAUUGAGAAGCAGCUGGAGGAUCUGUUCGAAAUGAAACUUAAACAGUGUAGAGAAGCCGAAGAAGCCGCGGAAGAAAUAGCAAAGGAGAGGGAAGAAGUGGCUCGUUUUAUGGAGGGCGAAUGGCAGAAGGUUGUUCAAUAUGAAAUGAAAUUGGCUGACAUUGAGCUGCACCGGCGGAAAUUGAUUGCUCAAGCGGAGAUUGAAAGAGUCCGUCAAGAGGAACUUCAUGCGUUGGAGAUGGAGAAUGAUUUAAAAGGAUUGGAAGAACAACAAGUCGAGUUGUUAGAGUUACAAGAGAAACUUGAAAUAGCCAAGGCUGAAGCUGAGGGUGAAUUAAAUCGAGAUAAACUGACCUUAGACUCGACUCUUGCCGAAAAUUUAGCCGAACUUGACGAGUUAGAACAAAAAAUUCAGCUAAUAGCGGAAAAACACGAUCAGUAUAUGACUUUUCUAAGCUCUGUAGACGAUUCGGUUGGCUCGGAGGAAAAUUUUGACGAAAGAACAGUUACCAAGGUUGACUACAGUGAUGAGACACGGAGAAUUUCAGACGCUGGUUUGACAUCUAAAACUGUAGCUUUGGACUUGCGGCAACGCAGACGAGCCAGUUGGAAUUUUCAAUCCAGUAAAUUGUCUGCCUCAGGGGGAGCUAACGAUGAUGCAGUAACACAACAACUGCAAAGAUUGUUUGAGCUUAAAAACGAAAAAGAGGAGAUAAUCGAAAAGACACGCAGUGAAUUAACGCGUGAGAUCACAAAUGUCGAGUUCUAUGGACGGCAAAUUCUGGAAAACGAGGCUAAGAUAACUGAACUCGAAGAAAUGUACAAAGCAUCUCGUCAGCAACACGCAGAGAAAAUUCGUCUGUGUUUGGAAAGCUUAAAAAUUAAAGAAGAGCAAGACAUUGCUUUGGUAGACCAAGAUCGUGAACGUUAUGUGGAACUUUUGUGGAAGGAGUAUGGCGAGAUUGAAAGUUUAAUUUCAAAGAAGUUUGAAUCUUUGAAUUCCAGCGACACGCUGGAAGGGGAAACAGCAAGCGAUGUCAGAGCAAGCGAUGAAAAGAAACUCGAAGUUCUAAAUUUAGUGAAGAAAAGAUUAAGGCAAAUUGGUAGCGACGAAGAUGUCUUAUUCCUUGAAUACGUCGCUAAACGAGCUCACUUUGAGAAAGACGAAGACAGAGUUCACGAGCAGCAAAGAAAGAUCUCAGAGAAGAUGAUGGAUGGUAUUAAAGAGAAAGAAGUCGCUCUGCUGAAACUGUCAGGACAAAAGGAACGGUUCCAUGUGGAAAGAGCCAGAGAAAGGCGACUAAUUACUUCGCGUAUAGGAAGGCUGUCUCGUGUGAAGUCAUCUGGUGAUCUGCACAAUGAAGAAGCACUGGAAUUCUUUAAGGAGGAGGCGAGAAAACUUCGAGAGACGUUCGAGAAAGUGGAAGAAAGUGAAAUGAGGCUUCAAAAUGAGCGGCGGGAGAAAGAAAAUAUCCAUCUGCAGCUGGAGGAAGUGCGAGCAAAACUACGAACCAGCGAGGAGGACAGAGAGGAAUGCGAGGAGAGACUUAAGGAUCUGGAAGAACAAAAACUUCAAAAAGAGAAAGAAAUAUCUGAUUUGAAGAGACAAAUGGAGGAAGAGAAACAAAGCUAUUUGGAUAGUCUCAAGUAA